AUGCUUCUGCAGCGCAUUAAGUCAGUUGCCAUACUUCUUAGAGAUGCCGACUUGGAGAAUCUAGCAAGAGACGCAGAAGAAACUGCUGCCCGUAUUCUUAAAAAUGUAGACAGGGGAGGAUCAUCAACUACCGGAAUGUACCUCACAGAAGAUCUGUUGACAGACUCGCCCGGCUUAGUGGGCACUGCCUUCUCCACCUCUACGCCCUCCUUGCACACCCUCAAUUCGAAUCGCGAUGAAGAUGGAAAACGUGGUCCCCAAAUUAAAAAUAUCCAAACUGAAGCCAUCAAGGCACCUCGACAUGAUCUCGAGGCACAACUAAGAGACAUCCAAGUGAAGCUAUGUCGGCAGCGGGCCGAAUUCGAACAGAAACGACUUGAGAUGAAAAGAAAAGAGUUGGCUUAUACGAGUAACUUGGAUGCGAUGGUGGAGCAGUUGAAGGUAAUUGUCACCGAAAAUGCCAGCUUAAAGCAGCAGAUUGAACAAAAGGACGCCCAGAUAGCCUCCCUUGGAUACCAGGUGCAGACGGUCCUCACGAAGCUAUCUCAAACGUCCUGUCAAGAGUUAUACUCCUCUCUCCACGCUGGCCUAGGGACCUGCGUCGUGAGGAAUACUCCCCUUCCAGAAUCCGUGACACCGCAACCACACGUGCCAGCCCUCCGGCAGCCGCAAACGCAAGGUGCCGAUGUAACUCUAACGCCAAAUGUAGCUCUCUUCGAAGGUCUUGAUGACGACGAUGUAACGAGCAUCUCAUCAGUGAAACCACGACGCCACCCUCCCACGGAACUCACUGGGCAGAAAGGGUCGCCAUCGUCGAUGACGUCCACCAGUUCUCUCAAAACCAUUGACAUGCUUCAAUUCAGAAAAGGACUCGCAGCUCUAGACGACCAGAUCGCUAAACUCCGCUUGUCAUUGAAUAUGGAUAAAUAG